CCCCCCCCCCAGCCCAUGGGGCCCUGGGCCAUCUGGCUCCUGCUUCCUGCUGCUGCCAACGCAGCCCUCCCAGCCGUCCUUCCUUCCCCUGCCAGUCUGCUGUCCAUCCACCCCAGCCCCCUGCAGUGCUCCCCGGGCCCUGUCCGUACCCCCUCCUCUGACAGGCUGAUGGCCCCGGAGAGGGUGCUGCUGCCUUGUGCGUCACCAGGGGCAGCACGGGGCGGCUGGCAUACAGGUCAGGGGCUGUGGCCGUGCCGUCAGGGCUCCCCGCUGCUCGCCGUGCCUGGCGGUGUAACGCUGGGCAAUGCUACUGUAGAAAAGCUGGAGGACUUCAUCAACAACAUUAACAGUGUCUUGGAGUCUUUGUACAUCGAGAUAAAGAAAGGCGUCACGGAAGAUGACGGGAGACCCAUUUACGCGCUGGUGAAUCUUGCAACAACUUCAAUUUCUAAAAUGGCUUCAGAUUUUGCAGAGAAUGAGCUGGAUCUGUUUAGAAAGGCUUUGGAACUGAUUAUUGACUCAGAAACUGGCUUUGCAUCUUCCACAAAUAUUUUGAACCUGGUUGAUCAGCUUAAAGGCAAGAAGAUGAGGAAGAAGGAAGCCGAGCAUGUGCUGCAGAAGUUCGUACAAAACAAAUGGCUGAUUGAGAAGGAAGGGGAGUUCACGCUGCACGGCCGGGCCAUCCUGGAGAUGGAGCAGUACAUCCGGGAGACGUACCCCGAUGCUGUGAAGGUCUGCACCAUCUGCCACAGCCUCCUCAUCCAGGGUCAAAGCUGCGAGACCUGUGGAAUCAGGAUGCACUUGCCUUGUGUGGCCAAGUACUUCCAGUCCAACUCGGAGCCGCGCUGUCCCCAUUGCAACGACUACUGGCCCCACGAGAUACCAGAAGUCUUUGACCCCGAGAAGGAGAGGGAGGCCGGCAUCUCCAAAUCGAACAAAAGGUCCUCGCGAUCCAGGCAGCACUAGCCGGCCGCCGCCUUCAGGGGAGUGCCCGGCGUGCCCCGUUUGGAAGAGAGGCAUCAGUUUCGUGUUUCACGUGAAUCACCUCUAUCUUUUACGUUCACUUCUGAACAGGUUUGGAAUAAACUUGCUAAGCAGCCA